AUUGACUUCAGAUCAGAACAUGAAUGUGUGUUUAGAGGAAGAGGAGGACAAAGCAGAGUCUCCUGUACCCAGCUGUGUGUCUCUGAAGUCCAUGGAUCCUCCUAAGAGCUUCAAGAAUGAAUCUGAACCCUCACACUCAAAAUCGACUUCAGAUCAGAACAUGAAUGUGUAUUUAGAGGAAGAGGAGGACAAAGCAGAGUCUCCUGUACCCAGCUGUGUGUCUCUGAAGUCCAUGGAUCCUCCUAAGAGCUUCAAGAAUGAACCUGAACCCUCACACUCAAAAUUACAGUUCAGCAGGCAGAGAGGACAGUCUCCUGUACCCAGCUGUGUGUCUAUGAAGAGUGAUCUGUCCAGAGAUGAACCUCCAUUUUUCAGUGAUGAACCUCGACCAUCAGACACAAAAUCGACUUCAGAUCAGAACAUGAAUGUGUAUUUAGAGGAAGAGGAGGACAAAGCAGAGUCUCCUGUACCCAGCUGUGUGUCUCUGAAGUCCAUGGAUCCUCCUAAGAGCUUCAAGAAUGAACCUGAACCCUCACACUCAAAAUUACAGUUCAGCAGGCAGAGAGGACAGUCUCCUGUACCCAGCUGUGUGUCUAUGAAGAGUGAUCUGUCCAGAGAUGAACCUCCAUUUUUCAGUGAUGAACCUCGACCAUCAGACACAAAAUCGACUUCAGAUCAGAACAUGAAUGUGUAUUUAGAGGAAGAGGAGGACAAAGCAGAGUCUCCUGUACCCAGCUGUGUGUCUCUGAAGUCCAUGGAUCCUCCUAUGAGCUUCAAGAAUGAACCUGGACCCUCACACUCAAAAUUACAGUUCAGCAGACAGAGAGGACAGUCUCCUGUACCCAGCUGUGUGUCUAUGAAGAGUGAUCUGUCCAGAGAUGAACCUCCAUUUUUCAGUGAUGAACCUCGACCAUCAGACACAAAGGGGACCAAGAGGAGUCAUGUUAUAGAGGAGCAGCUGUCUUGUCCUGUGUGUCAGGACAUCCUGAAGGAUCCCGGCUGUGGACACUGGUUCUGCAAACGGUGCAUCACCUCAUACUGGGACCAGUAUGGUUCACCAGGAGACUCGUCCUGUCCUCAGUGUGGAAAAAGACCCAGAACAGGAGCUGGACUGCAAACAGUCAGUCAGAGCAGCACUGAACAAAUAGAUAGAGGUCUGCAGGAGGUUUUAGAUGAACAUAAGGUCAGUCUGAGGAGGAGAUGUGAACGUGUGACUGAUGGAAGUGAUGAAACAGGAAGAAGAACCCUCCUCAACAGGAUCUACACUGAGCUCUACAUCACAGAGGGGCAGAGUGAAGAGGUGAACUCCCAACAUGAGGUGAGACAGAUUGAGACAGACUCUAAAAAGAAGACCCUCCAUGAGGCUCCAAUCAAGUGCCAGGACAUCUUUAAAGCCUUACCCAACCAACAGAAACCCAUCAGAGUGGUUCUGACAAAUGGCAUCGCUGGUGUUGGAAAAACCUUCUCAGUGCAGAAGUUCACUCUGGACUGGGCAGAGGGUUCAGAGAACCAAUACAUCAGUCUGCUGAUCCUGCUUUCAUUCAGGGAGCUGAACUUGAUCAGAGAUACGCGGUACAGUCUUCUUGACCUGCUCCAUGUUUUCCAUCCAACAUUACAGAAGGUCGGAGCAGAGACGCUCGCUGUCUGUAAACUAUUGUUCAUCUUUGACGGCCUGGAUGAAAGCAGACUGUCAUUGGACUUCAAAAACAGGGAGGUUGUUUCUGAUGUCACACAAAAGUCAUCGUUAAACACACUGUUCACAAACCUCAUCAAGGGGAAUCUGCUUCCCUCAGCUCUUAUCUGGAUAACUUCUCGACCUGCAGCAGCCAAUCAGAUCCCUCCUUCAUAUGUUGACAGGGUAACAGAAGUACGAGGUUUCACUGACGGCCAGAAGGAGGAGUACUUCAGGAGGAGGUUCAUCGAUGAAGAUCUGUCCAACAAAAUCAUCUCACACAUCAAGGCAUCCAGGAGCCUCCACAUCAUGUGUCUGAUCCCAGUCUUUUGCUGGAUCACUGCCACAGUUCUGGAGCACAUGAUGAGCACAGAGCAGAGAGGAGAGCUUCCCAAGUCCCUGACUGACAUGUACUCAUAUUUCCUGCUGGUUCAGAUGAAGAGGAAGAAGCACAAGUAUGAUGAGGGACAAGAGACAAGUCCACAUGAGCUGAUGGAGGCCGACAGGGAAAUUCUUCUCAAGCUGGGGAGGCUGGCGUUUGAACAUCUGGAGGACGGAAACAUCAUGUUCUACCAAGAAGACCUGGAGCGGUGUGGUCUGGAUGUCACAGAGGCCUCGGUGUACUCAGGAGUUUGUACAGAGAUCUUCAAAACAGAGUGUGUGAUCUUCCAGAAAACAGUCUACUGCUUUGUUCAUCUGAGCGUUCAGGAGUUUCUGGCUGCAGUCUACAUGUUCCACUGUUUCACCAACAAGAACACAAAAGUUCUAAAGGCUUUUCUGGAGCAAGAAACGAGCGCCGACGACGGCGACGAUAACGACGGCGACGAUGACGACGACGGCAAUAACGGCGACGACGUCUUUCUCGGUAGAGCCAUGGAGAAAUCCAUGAAAAGUAACAAAGGUCACCUGGAUCUUUUUGUUCGCUUCCUUCAUGGACUGUCUCUGAAGUCAAACCAGAGACUCUUAGGAACCCUGCUGGGUCAGACAGACAACAGUCCAGAAAUUAUCAAGAAAGUCAUCGACAACCUGAAGGAGAUGAACAGUUAUAAAAUCUCUCCCGACAGAAGCAUCAACAUCUUCCACUGUCUGACGGAGAUGAACGACCUCUCAGUCCAUCAGGAGAUCCAAGAGUUCCUGAAGUCAGAGAACAGAUCAGAGGAGAAACUCUCUGAGGUCCACUGCUCUGCUCUGGCCUACAUGCUGCAGAUGUCAGAUGAGGUUCUGGAUGAGUUGGACCUGAAGAAGUACAAGACAUCGGGCCAGGGACGAUUGAGACUGAUUCCAGCUGUGAGGAACUGCAGGAUGGCAAAACUUUCUUUCUGUGGACUAUCAGGGACUCACUGUGACGUCGUGGCCUCUGCUCUGAAGUCCAACCCCUCCCAUCUCAGAGAGCUGGACCUGAGUGACAACUACGACCUGCAGGAUUCUAUCUAUCGGCUAUCGGCUGGACUGGAGAGUCCAAACUGCAGACUUGAGACUCUGAGAUUGAGUGGCUGCAGUUUGUCAGAGAUCAGCUGUUCUUCUCUGGCCUCAGCUCUGAAGUCCAACCCCUCCCAUCUUAGAGAGCUGGACCUGAGCGACAACAAGAAGCUGCAGGAUUCAGGAGUGAAGCUGCUGUGUGAUUAUCUGCAAAGGCCAAACUGCAGACUGGAGACUCUGAGGUCAGAUCACUGACUGUAAUAUAUAUAU